AGCUGCUCCUCUCCUCCACCUCCUCUAUGGAGUGUAGGGGGCAGUCCAGGACAGAGCUGGACCCCUUCCUUUGUUAUUGAUACCGCAUAUACACUAUGGUUGUCCAUCAGCUGAAUGAAAAUGAGUAGUGGUUCAAAUCAGAGGACUUUGUUCCAGACGUGGGGUGGAUCCGCUUCGCAAAACAAAGUUAUCCAACCGAAAAAAUAUGUCAAGAAAGCCGCUGGACGGCGCAGGACAACCCCAAACAACAACAACACUACUCAGGUAGCUAAAGUCAACCCUCCAAGAAAUCCUCUAUGGCCUGAAGUAGGACAGGGGUCCACAAACACAUCAGAGGAGUCUAAACCUGCGUUUGAAGACGAAGAUGACGAUGAUCUUAUGGUUAUCGCUGUAUAUGAAGCUGAAAAGAGCCUUCAACUUGAUAAUGCAAACUCAUUUCAACAUGACAACCCUGUAGCAACAGAGAGCACCUCCUUCUCUGACUCCCCCUCCAGUGCGCAGACAUAUCCAGACUUUCCUGGCUUUGACAGCUCCUCAGCAAAGGUAUGGAUUUACCCAACCAACUAUCCCAUCAGGGGGUACCAGAUGAAGAUAUCAGAGGCUGCCCUGUUUCAAAACACGCUGGUGUGUCUUCCCACCGGUCUGGGGAAGACCUUCAUAGCCUCUGUGGUGAUGUACAACUUCUACCGCUGGUAUCCGGCAGGGAAGAUUGUAUUCAUGGCUCCCACCAAACCUCUGGUGGCCCAACAGAUUGAAGCCUGUUAUAAAGUGAUGGGGAUCCCACAGGCACACAUGGCUGAGCUGACUGGCAGCACUGCAGCCAAGCAGAGACAGGAGGUGUGGAAGACCAAGCGUGUCUUCUUCCUCACCCCUCAGGUCAUGGUGAACGAUCUGUCCAGAGAGACCUGUCCAGCUAAGCAGAUCAAGUGUGUGGUGAUAGAUGAAGCCCACAAGGCGCUGGGCAACCAUGCCUACUGUCAGGUGAUAAAACAGCUCAGCAGCCAGACUCUGCAAUUCCGCAUCCUGGCCCUUAGUGCAACUCCGGGGGGAGAUGCAAAAUCAGUGCAGUCGGUGAUCUCUAAUUUGCUCAUCUCCCACAUUGAGCUACGUUCAGAUGAGAGCCCGGAUAUUCAGGCACAUUCCCACCAGCGCAGUGUGGACAAAGUGGUGGUUCCUCUGGGAGAGGCGCUUACUGCUCACCAGGCGCGCUACCUGCAGGUCCUGGAGAAGUUCAUGUCUCGUCUGGUUCAGAACCGUGUCAUGGGACACAAAGACCUGCGGACUCUCAGUAAAUACCAGCUCAUCCUCGCCAGGGAUCAGUUCCGGAAGAACCCACCGCCAAACAUCAAGAGUCCGCAGCAGGGAAUGCUGGAGGGCGACUUUGCCCUUUGCAUCAGCCUGUACCAUGGCUACGAGCUGCUGAUGCAGAUGGGGCUCCGAUCGCUCUUCUUUUACAUCCAGGGUAUCAUGGACGGAUCCAGAGAGAUGUCCAGGGCCAGAAAUGAGCUGCAGAGGACUCCCAUUUUUAUGGACCUUUAUCGUGAGAUGGAAGCGAUGUUUGUGAAGCCAUCUGCUGGUCUGGAUGAGGCGUUCGUUUACAGUCACCCCAAAUUGAAGAAACUGGAAGAGGUCGUGCUGCAGCAUUUCAGACAAUGGGCUGAGAAGUCAGCAGACAAUAAUGGUUCAGGUCCUCAGGAGGUAAGCACGCGUGUGAUGAUCUUUUCAUCAUUCCGUGAGAGCGUGCAGGAGAUCGCAGCCAUGUUGAACCGCCAUGCUCCGCUGAUAAGGGUCAUGACCUUUAUGGGCCAAGCCUCAGCGGGGAAGGGAGUCAAAGGCUUCACCCAAAAGGAGCAACUGGAGGUGGUGCACAGGUUCCGUCUUGGAGGCUUCAACACGUUGGUGUCAACCUGUGUUGGUGAGGAGGGUCUGGAUAUCGGAGAGGUGGACCUCAUCGUUUGCUUCGACGCACAGAAGAAUCCCAUCCGCCUGGUACAGCGGAUGGGACGUACUGGACGUAAGCGGCAGGGACGCAUUGUUGUCAUCCUGGCUGAGGGACGUGAGGAGAGGACAUACAACCAGAGCCAGAGCAACAAGCGCAGUGUAUACAAGUCCAUUAUCGGCAACAAAAGCCGGUUCCACAUGUUCUCUAACAGUCCCCGCAUGCUGCCCGGAGGAGUGAACCCAACCCUGCAUAAGAUGCACAUUACCUGUGGCCAGUUUGACCACCAGGAGAACAGCAGGCGGUCCGUCAGGGGUCGACGGUCCCACUCUGAAGGACGGGCCUCACUCAUCCACCCUCAAAACCUGAUUCGGCAGGGCAGUGCAACCUCAGACGGGUUUCUGAGCAGUACUGAGUAUGCCUUCUGGGCGUCCACCAUGAAGCUGCAGGAGGAUGAAGCCCAUCCAGCCCUGAAACAGUCACAAUUCUUGUCCCUACCCAAUGAUCUACCACCUCAGAAGGAAGUUUCCAAAAGUGGACCACCACCCAGAGAGCUGUCUUUGUGGGAAUGGAGACACUGGCAGCACAAAGCGCUUCCCACCCAUGUUGUCGAUCAUUCCCUCCGCUGCCACCACUUCGUUAAGGUGAUGGAGCUCAUAGAUGGCAUGAGAGAGGAAAACGAGGGGGAAUGUCGUUACGAACAGGAGCUUCUUCCUUAUCUCCACAAAGCUGAUGGCCAUGUGAAGAAUGGACAGAAGAAACCGAAGAGCACAAAGACUAAAACUACCAACAACAAACCCAAACCGUCUCGCAUAACGUUUUCUGAUCUCGAAUGCAUCGACGAAGAAGCCGGGACAAAACGAAGACUUCCUGUUCCACAUGAUACUGAGGCGCCUAAUGAUAACAUCACGGAUCACCCAGGCCCUGAGGCAAUUUGUCCUCGUCCCUCAAACAAUGACUGCCCAGACAUGGAUGAUGAUUUUGUCAUUAUUAAUGAGGAUGUCAUAAAAUCAGAGCACCCGGUCAACGAGCCUUUAAAUUUAGACAGAAUUUCGCAAUUGAUGACAAAUAUUGAUGAAGAUGAAGAUGUUGAACUUGAGGCCAUGUUCUAUCUUCCUAAAUGGGAUUCACCACCUCCUCCCUCCUCUGCUAAACUCUGCCUGGGUAGAGAUGAGAAUCUGAAGGUCAUCCUAGCCAACGUGGCGGAGCUUCUGUCCCGAUCUCCACCGUCACUGACCGAAGAUUUAGAGGCCGACAUGGCUGCUAAAUCACUUCCUCCCUCUCCACUGCGGCCUCAUCAGCCCUUCCACGUCAACUUUACUCUGGAUGUUGACGAUGACGAAGAUGAAGUGUUGAUGAUUUGCUCUGGCAAUGCCUCACCGAGGGCGGACUCAAACAAGCCUCCAGUGGAUGAAGAGGAUGGUAAAAUCUAUCAUGAUUGGCCUCAUCAGGAGCAGCGACGGAGCGUCAGCAGCAGGGGCAGCGUAGCAGCAGACAGCCCGACCUGGGAUGAAGUUUUUGGGCAAGAGGAAGAGAACGAUAAUCAUGAUAUGAGAGAUACCAACAUGGAGACAGGUGAUGAGGUUUUCAAGGAAGGAUGGGUUGGCAAGGACGCAGAAAGUGAAAUAAAACGUAAGAAUCAGAGCAUGACAGAGGAAAAAGAGGGUUGCUGGGGUUAUGUGGGGAAUCUGGAAAUGCCAGACUCGACAGAUGGUGGUGUGAAAGACGACAGGGACCCUCACAUCGACGACAGCAUGGAUCUGUUCGGGGAUGACGAAGCCUUCCUACAGAUGACCAUACCGGACAUCUCCACUCCUGGUGUCACACCCAGGACAUCCCCCAGAGCUGGAGACAUUCAUAGCAUAGCAAAGAUGUCUAACACUUUACACACACAUACCCCAACAACUUCAUUCAGCACUGCACACACAGCUGAAAGUGCGCGUAGGUUAAACACAGCACAUGAUUUAACAGGCAUAACUCCACACGCUAAGCUCAUAACUCAGGACACAAACACCCAUAGCAGUACAGAUAAUAAACAUAAUUCACACACACCAGCAGCAAGCAAACCUGUAACUAACAGUUCAAUGACAGCUCAAUGUAAAUCUCCCACAGUGCAAAGAAAUUCAGAUUCAUCCGGCAGCCCCCAUGACUAUUUCCCUAUCAACUUCGAACUCGGAUACUCACUGGAGGACUCUGAGGAAGAGGAAGUGGAUGUUCCUGCCCCACGUACACUGAUCUCUCCACAGCCUAAAAUGCCGGCUGUCUCCGACUCUUCCACCCCCUAUAACAGCUUCCAUAGACUGACAAAGCCUCCACAGUCCAGUGACCCUAAUUUCUCUACACCACAAGUGCUGUCAGAGCACAGAAAGAGAGAACCGUCCUCUCUUCUGGCUUCACCUUUCAUGUCUAAAGGUGGUGCGCUCCCAUCUCCAAUCUCAUCACCAGGAGUUAGGCGGACACCCCUGCCUGGUUAUGCCGGGCCUCGCACCCCGUCAUUACUCUCCAGCUUAAAGCGGAGACGACUGGAGGGCCACGCGGCAGAGACAGAGAGCACACGUCAGGGAUCUGUCUGUGCGGCUGACUCCCCUCCUCAUCCAGUGGAGAGCAUCAGUGACAGUGAGGAUGACGUUGUGGUCCCUAAAAGAAGAAAUCAGAACAACCUGUUGUCGUCCCCAGAUGUGUCAAAGACCUCCAGUGACGUGGACUCUCCUGUGGUUGUGAACAGGAAACGUGUAGCUGCGCUUAACACGACUGAUGAAAUGGAGGGCGAAGCCGCUUCUGAUGAUGAUUUCCAGAAUGAGUCGGUAUUCACACGCAGAACUGCAGCAGCUGAGAGGCAACAGGUCCAACGGGGCAAAGCCAAGCACGACGUGCGUCGAAAAGCGCGUCAGUUCCUGGACGAAGAAGCGGAGCUGUCAGAGGAAGACGACGGGGCAGAUGUGUCAUCUGAUGAAGAGGAUGGAGAAGAGGAGGAUCAUUCUCUUGGAGGCUUCGUGGUCGACAACACACACUGCUCACAGGGACUCAACGAAUCGGAGAUGCAUGGUGUUUACCUGAAGUCAGUGAGAAGCCCUGCAGUCCAGGGCAAGUUCAAAAUGUCCUACAGAAAUCAUCACAACAUGGACAUAUUUUCACAGGUCCCUGAGAUGGAUGAAACCUAUGCAGAGGACAGCUUUGUGGUGGGCAGUGAGGUGGAGGAGCUGGAGAGCAGCGAGGAAGAGGCUGAAGACAUUGAACUUAUACCCGAAGAUUCAUACGUGGACGGGAAGAGGCAGUAUGCCACCAGAAGGCGUGUUUUCCUGCACAAAGCCAGAGCAAGAGUCGGCACUAAGACUACAGAUGAAGCUCCACCAGAGCGGAGAGCUGGGGUGAAAACCAAGCGCCCCCGUGUCAUACGCAUGGAUGAUUCUAGUGAGGAGGAGACAGAAGUAGUUAGUAAGAAGGGAAAUCUCAACACAAGAGGUGGUGUUGCUGACACCAUGUGGCCAAAGGUAGUAGAGCAACAGAAACCCUCGUCUGCCUCCUCAUCUUCAACCAUAGCGUCCAAAGUAUCACUGCUGAGCAAUGCACAGAGGCGAUCGGUGGUUGAAGAUCAGCAAAAGGAGAGAUGUCGCCAGAGGUUAGAAAAUCAGCAUUUGCUCUCUGACGAAUUAGACUUUACAGAGUCAGAGAUGUUGUUAUCCUCCAAGAAACAACCCCAGACUUUCCCUGCCAACUCCACCGUGCAGGAUUCAUCAGUCGUUGCUCCAUCCACAGCGGUUUGCAUUCUGGUGGACAGCCGCUGUAUCAGCAGCGGAGUGGAGCUGAUAACCAGCCUGCGUCAACACCACGCUGCCACCGUCCACGUCUGCUCGCUGGACGGCAGCUACUUCAUUGUCAGCAACCGCAUGGCCGUGGAGAGGUACAGCCAAUCAGAUCUGGCCGCAAUGCAGAACCGGAAGCGAUUGGCUGAAAGGGUGAACAGCUUGCAGGGAUUGUUUGAGCGUGUUUGUCUGAUAGUGGAGAAGGACAGAACCAAGCCAGGUGAAGUGUCACGUCCCUUUCAGCGUACACAACACUAUGACAGCACUUUAACAGCACUGGUGCGCGCCGGGGUGCGCUUGCUGUGGAGCAGUGACGUUGGAGAGAGCGCCGGCUUGCUGGCAGACCUGGCAAAACUGGAGCAGCGUAAAGGCCAGGGCAUCGCUGUACCGCUGGAGGUCAAAGGGCAGCACAGGCAGCAGGCCCUGCAGCUGUACUUGAGCCUGCCCUCAGUCAACUACGUCCAUGCCCUCAGCUUGAGCCACAAUUUCAAGUCAAUUGCUCAACUUAUAAACAGCUCCAUCGAAGCCAUACAGAGGGGAGGCUGUAUGAGUCGAUCCAGAGCUGAGGAGAUCUACUGCUUCCUGCGCUACUCCUGUGACUCCUUCCUCAUCAAAACCAGCAAAAAGCAGUAAACAGCAGCGUGGAGGAGAAUCUGAGAUCAAUCUCAACCAGUCGUGCUUUAUUUAUUUUAGGUCUCACCUGGGACUGUUGCUGCUGCUUAAAAUAGCUCCAUUUAAUCUCUCAAUGAGAGAAGAGCCUCAUGAUUUUGGUUCAACAAUAUUGCACAAUAAAUUGAAUGAGAACCCCGCUCAACUUAGUUAUACUACAUCGUGGGUUUCAUGAUAUAAAGGCAUAUUUGUUUUAUGCCGUUUUUCUUUGUAAUCACUUGGGUGAUGAAUACUUUGUGCAUAACAACCCAACAUUUGAUUGACACUUGAAUAUUUUAUAAUAAUGAAUACAUUUGAAUGAGGUGAAUAUGGUGUAAUUUCUUCAAUAAACUGCUAUUUUUGUACAUUGUGUUGAAGCGUUUUAGUGCUCCCCUUAAAAGAUUUAAAAGUCUGUGUCGAGUACAACCUGUGAUACACAUAUAUAUAUAAAGGGGUUGAUUUGUUUAUAGAUUUCUUACUUAAACUCACUUAAGACUCAUUCAUCUUUUCAUUCCUAAUCUUUUUCUCCUGAGGAGUUC